AUGUUGCGCGCAUCGUAAGCAAGCGGAGCGCGCGCUUGCGAACAUAUCUGACAGACAUCCACAUGACAACUCCUUCCACCUCGCCGCGGGCUGAAGGCCCACCCGACAGCAAAAUGGCUUCAGGCUGCAAUUACAGAGGCAGGCGCCACGUGCCCGCUGAAGGCAGCGUGAUGUGGCAUACGGGCAUCAAUGACUUACCAGACGAACUGCUGCUAAUGAUCUUGUCCCACGUGGCUUUCACCGAUCUACUGGAUGUGGUACCGAACGUGUGCCGUCGUUGGAAAAAGCUGUCUCAAGAUUCCAAGUUGUGGGCUGACAGGGAAUUCAAUAUUGGGGCCCUGUGGCAGUGCUACCUGGAUGACCGUAAGGGUGGUGGGAACGAGCAGGAAGCAAUAGAGAUCUUCCGAAACAUCCCGAACCUGUGUAUAGUGCGCAUGUGGUUUAAUGUCAACCCCCUCGUCAUCCAGGAGCUCUGCGAUCACUGCCCGAGGCUCGCGGAGUUGCACCUCCAUCCCAGUCAGAAGCUCACCUACUCGAUUGGACGUGACAGAUUGCAGAACACUCGGCGGGGCCCUGUUCCCCUACCUCGUCGGGCUGCCGCGACUUCACACGCUUCGAAUGGAAAAUAUGGCUUUUGCGAGGCUGCAACCGGGUGUGAGCAGCAUCCUCGAAUUGUCAGGUGUGCGCUGCCUGACAUUCGAUUAUUCCGUUGUCGCUGGAGUGCCGUUUGAAAAGUUUCCAGAAAAGCUCGUCAAUCUCAGGGAGCUGGGGGUCAAAGAGUGUCAAGGUGACCCGAAGGCCGUAGAAGGGCUGGCCAAGCAGAUGCCCGGUCUUAAAAUCCACGGCGUCAUUCGACCUUUGUAACCGGCUUUCUACGUGUCCGAUAACGAGAGUGGUGCAGAACUUGAAGAGGAGGAGAAUGUGUUGCUUCGCAGUGCAGAGGAAGCAGUGGAUGACUGGAGAGUUGCAAUGAUAGUUAAAGAUAACGAUGUCUAGGAUUAAAGCAGUAUAUCUGUUCUCUUUCUAGAGAAUAUAUAAAACUGAUAUGAUAUUUAUAGGGAACUAAUUUUAAAUACUGAUUGCAUCUCAGCUGGAAUAUUGUAACUGGGCCAAAAUUUAAUACUUCUCAACUUUUGUUACUAGACUGUGUGUCGUAGUGGACUGCUGCAGGCUGUCAGGUCGAAAAUAUUUAUUUUGGGUGUAACGUCACAUUAACAUUGGUGGAAACUGUUUUGAAACAGGGUAAUUACAAGUAAUUGUGGAAGUGUGUAGAAAGAACAUAAAUUAUUUACAGUAAUAUUAGGAAAAGGAUAGUGUGCAACUCAGUGGGUCAUCUUUACACUGAUUAGCAGACAAGUACAAUGAAUAGACUGUUAUACAUUCUAGCUUCUGGCCGUGUUUGCUCGUGCGAACGUACGAGUAUUUUCUUUGCCGAAGGAGGCUCUGACAGAAAGCGGUAAUGUGUAACAGUCUUUUAGUUGUGCCUGACUGCCAAUCCUUUUCUUAAAAUUGUUGAUAUUCCAGCCUGAAGUUUCCAUUGUUUAACCAUCUGCAAUAGUGUUUGAAUUCUGGCUUUAACGAUCUGCAAUGACGCUCGGUUUCUCGUCGUAAUGACAGUGGAUUUGAAACAACUUUUUCUUUACGAGAUAAAGUGGCAAGACUGAUGAGGUAGCCAUUCUUAAAUAUCACUGGCUGGACUAGCAUGUAUUAUUGUGUACAGUAAUUAAUUUAAAAUAGUUAUGAAAUAUUUGUUAUCUGUUUAUCCAAAAAAAAAUUUCUUGCUUAUUUAUUCACUUUUUAUUUGUA